AUGGCAGCCAUUCCCCCAGUCACACAAACACACACGAAACAUGGUAAGCGCUUGUCAUUAGCCUCUUGCCACACAUUCGCCUCACGCUUUUGUACUCGUACCCUGCAGCGUCUUUCCAUCUUUGGCCUGUCGCUGCUGCUGCUGCUGUCGGUUUGUCUGCAUUCCGCCACAUCGGAUGUCUCUCAGCUGGUGCGCUCUGGCAAUGGUUUCGUCUAUGAUGUGCCGAAGGUCACUCAGCUGGAGCUGGAGGUCAGCAAUGAGUUCCCCACGGGCGAGGAGUUCCCCCAGGAUGCCAUACCCGUGGCACCAUCCGAUGCGGAGCUAGGCCAGGCCGAAGAGCUAGAGGAAUCCGCACAGCUAACAUCCGCCUCCAAGCCUCCAAGUAAAAGUGCCGGCGGCAGCAGCAGCAGCAUUCACGGCUACAAGUACCAAGUGCCCAGCAGGCGCUUCAAGAGCUGAGACCCUCUACCCACCUGUCGUGUUUCCCUCGAAUUUUGUACCAAAGUUUUCUGUCUAAAGAUAAUAAAAAUUGAAAUCCCCCCC